AUGGGACUGCUGGAUAAGCUGUCGGGCUGGCUCGGCCUGAGGAAGAAAGAGGUCAACGUACUGUGUUUGGGACUGGACAACAGUGGCAAAACCACCAUCAUCAACCAACUGAAACCAGCUAACACCCAGGCACAAGAAAUAGUCCCAACAAUUGGCUUCAACAUUGAAAAGUUCAAGAGUUCAAGCAUGUCUUUCACAGUGUUUGAUAUGUCCGGGCAGAGCAGAUACAGAAACCUGUGGGAGCAUUACUACAAAGAAAGCCAUGCCAUCAUAUUUGUCAUUGACAGCGGGGACAAACUGAGAAUGGUUGUUGCCAAAGAGGAGCUAGAUACUUUCCUCAACCAUGAAGAUAUCUGCAGCAAAAAGAUUCCAGUAUUGUUCUUCGCUAACAAGAUGGACCUGCGGGAUGCCAUGUCGUCUGUCAAGGUCUCGCAGAUGUUGUGUUUGGAGAACAUCAAAGACAAACCCUGGCACAUCUGUGCCAGCAAUGCUAUCAAGGGAGAGGGCCUACAGGAAGGAUUGGACUGGCUACAAGAUCAUAUCAAAACAAUGAACACAUGA